AUGAAUAACAUCAUAAAAUUUGCACAGUCGGCUACUAUUUUGCCACAAUGGUCUCCAAUAUUUGCUUCCCAAUUUCACACAUCAUCCGCUCUGUGUCGAGUGGUGUCAGGCAAAUACAGGAUAACGAAGAAACGAGACAAACCUCUAACAUAUGAGAUGGCCAAUCCCCCACAUUAUAUUGCUCAUAGAAAAUCCUGGAACUCUUGGAAUACUUCUAGUUUAAAAGAUGGCCUUCGGAAGUCAGAGACGGCAGUUGAAGAUGAGUUUAUAAGAAGAUUUAUUACCGGAACAUGGCAUGGACUUGUAUGUAGUGAGGUAAUAAUAAAACGUCAGUUUAAUCAUAUAAGAGUGGCUGUAAUCAUCCGACGGGCCGUUUCACCUACAAAGAUGUAUUUCCUUCUUGGAUAUUCAGAAGAAAUGCUAUCAAAUUGGAUACAGUGCCCUGUGACCUUGGAACUGCAGACUGUUGAUAGCUACCAGGAUGUGGUCUUCAAAUAUAUUUAG